AUGGAUCCUUCUUUCCCAGCUGACCCGGCCACCAUUCUCCCACCACCAACACUAGCCCAGAUGAAGGGGAGCUCUUCUGAAAUAGCAAGCCCCGGUGCAGGGACCCGCAGAGGCCGGCGCAGAGCUCCCGCCAGGUCGCAGGUGGGUCCACCAGUAGCAUUACCUCUACAACCAAUCAAUUCUGCCUCUACCUUUGCGACUCCUCAGACGAACACUAUUCCACUGAGUCCCUCCGAGUCAGCAGUGCAGCCGAAUGAGCUGCAGAUCCUUGAUCCUGCUUUAAUUAGCAUUACCCAAGAGAGCAUCCAACACAAUGUGUUCUUAGACGACUCCAAGGAGCAAAUAGAUGCUGCAAGCGACGCUGGCGAUGCUCUACCAGCGAGCGUUGUGACCAGCGAAGCCCCGCCGUUCCCUGAUCUAGGCCCCCUAUCUUAUUUCAGACAGACUCAGCAGCCUGGAAUUUCACCUGAAUCUGCAAAACUAUCCAUGGCCUCUAGUGAGAAGACAACUCAAGAGUUCGCCACAGAGGGGGAGACAGAUGAAGCACCUAAGUCCGAUAACCUCCAUAAUCAAGAAAUACGGAUGGAACUAGCUGACCCCAGCUUUGACGGAAUUAUCAUAAAUUUACAUGGAGGUCCUCAUAUGGGCAGAUCUGAUUUCCGUGCUUCAGAAACAGAGGCGAGACAGCAGGAAGCAGCUGCUUCAAAGGCACAUACAGCAGCGCAGCCUUUAGCUAUAAUGAUGAAUAUCGCAGAUCAAAAACCCCACUCUUACUUCAGCACUAGCAUUGACAGGCUAUCGCACAAUUGCGAUAGCGAGGAUAUUACCCCUGCUAACAGAUCCGUUACUGACAACCAACUGCUCGUUUCGGGAAGCGCGUUCGACACUGACCAGGAUCUACGCUAUUUGAAUAGCUCUCCCUCUCAUACCCUUGUUCCUGGAGCGUCUAUCUCUAAGCACGCAAGCCUUAACAAUGCUACUAACAGGACAAGACCAAAUCACGUGGUUUGUCACAGCGGGACCCUCAAGGAGCAGAGCGAGACGGAUAAUGCUAGUGAGAUAACCAAUCCCUACGUCAAGAAGCCAAGGUUAUCGUCGCACGAGUUAGUCACGGCCACCUUUAACAGGAGAAGCACUGUGGAGCCCCCUGACUACUGGGCUGAAAACUCUAACUUGCAACAAGAGUGUGACUCACCAACAAAGGGACUGUUUCACGAUAACAACGUGGAACCUAGAUAUGCAAACGAUCCAACCACGUCUGCCUCCCUCCUUCGCGGCGGGAUAACCGAACUCUGUGACUCUACUCAGCUACUUCUGGAUCCUUGCAAUGCUGAGCUUGGCACCGGUGCUGGAGUCACUCUUACUACCGUAAAAGAUAGUUCAGAGAAGAGUGUGGAGAGGGAGUCCGCUCCGACCGUCUCUGAACUUUCUGAGGGCGAGAAGACCGCUAGCACGGCUUACUACGAAGUUAGCAAGGCUGAAAAGCCAAUGAACAUGGCUGCGCAACAGGAUGCUAUGAACUCGGAUAAAGGUGGGAUACUAGCGGCUCCCACGGCCGAGCCCAUUCUAGGAACUGCAUCUCCUGUUAUCUAUGAUACACGCUCCGUUGUGCUCCUUACAGAGCGUCGCGCUAAGUCGUGCAAGGGUAUUACCCCAUCCAGAAUCACACUAACCAGAGAUACUAUUGUACCAAAGCCCAUAGGCUCCAGGGAAGGCACCCAAACGGGUGUUACUGAGGCCAGUAAUAUAGAUGAGAAGUCUAAUAGUCCAUUGGAUCUCACGUCUUCCAUCGAGAUUCCCCAUGUUUCCCUGACAGAGUCUGUCAGACAAGACGCUAAGCAGCCGGCCACUCACGCCUCCGGCCAAGGAAAGAGGACAGCGCACGUUCCCUACUAUAGUAGAAGAUUUGAUGAUGAUCCUACUCUGUUUCCCAUCCUGCCCUCUGCAUCUGCUGCAAGAAUCCUCGGUUAUUUAGACAGCCUACUGGGAGAGGAACUAUCAGCGUCUUCGGGAUCCCAGAGGAAUCUUCCCUCAUAUAAACAACUUAUCCUACAAGCUAUCCGCUUCCGGCUGCUUACAGCAUGUCCAGAGCUACGUAACUGUACAUUUGACACGGAUGACAACAGGACCAACUUGGCACGGUUUUGCAGGGACCUUCUUGCUUCCUUGUCGAGCCCCUGCUACUCGUCAUUACCAGAGAAGCCCAAGGGGGCCUCUAAAGCUUUGGAGGACAUUCGACAGGAGCUGCUCUCGUCACCCCCGGAGACAGUGGUUAACCAGUGUUUAGACCACGAGAUGUACGAUCACGCACUGUACCUAGCCAUAGUAUCUGGAAAUGCUGAGGUUCUUUGCUCUGCCUUGGCUGCAUUUGAGGGUCAUGUAUACUCGUCUAUUGACCCCACUCUUUCUCUUCUGUACUCCGCAUAUGCAACUAAGAAUCGGCACUUGCGUUGGAGCUCAGUACAAGGCAGCAGUAGCGACUCAAAAUCAUCACACUUUAAGACCAGUCAUGACCAACAUCCGAGUUCAGCCACAAAUGCUACUACAACCGCAGACUUUAAGGAGCGUCCACAGAUGCUGACAACGAUGGAGCAAGGAGAGCUCUACGCUGAUGCGGGAGGACCCCGAAUUCAUUGGGAUGGAUCUCUGGUGUCCUUGCUGCAAAAUUCUGGGCCAGGAUCUAGCAUCAGAAGACAGUACGCCACAUUUACCGCAGGAGACAUUCUACAUAAAAUAGCAUUCUCCUAUAUUCAUGUUCUCACCAAAGAUGAGCGGAACGAUGUCCUGGUAUCGCUUCUGGUGUACUCUAAAGAAGCAUCUGAGAAUCGCUAUCUUCGUGCACUUCUGUGUAUUCUAUUAGGAAUCCCCCCUGUCUAUGAUAGUUAUGGUCGUUUCUGCUUUACAGACCUUUUUCCUGCGGAGUCUGGACAAAUGGAGGGGCAGACAUCUCAACCCCAUGUGAGUGGACCCAUUAAUAUUGGGGGGAAGCACAUUCGAUCAGAGGUGUCUACUGAACUAGAGCUCUUCUUGCAAAAACUUCCUACGAAGAACAUUCAGUCCGUUGAUCUAUUUACUUUCAGAAUUCACGAGAUUUUAGAAUAUAUUCAUUUUCGUACAACGCAUAUCCCGCACGAGUUAUUCUAUCAGGCAACAAAGCCGGUGCUAUUGGCCAAUCACGGGUUCCACCACUCCUACAAAUAUGACCUUACUCUGCCGUUCUUCCCCCACCUCCUUCCAUAUAAGCUCGCGUUUGCAGGGUUUUUGCGAAGAGAGAGCCGGACCAAUGAUACGCUAGCCAGGUAUGGUCUUUUAUACACCACCAUGGCCUAUAGCAGUAUCGAGCAAGUUAUUUCACGGGUUAAUCUUUCAGGUGAGUACUUGACGCGUAAGGAUGCGGUAGCCGCAGACAGCGACGCCCUGCUUAUGAAGCCGUCGUGUCUUCCAACUGAUUCCAAGUCCACGCCCAUCAAUGAUCUCUCUACCGCUACCCUAGAUUAUCCCUUGGGGUUCGAUUAUCCAGCUAUUGUUGCCCCUAUUGAGUGCGGGGAUAUAUUUAUUAACACUCUCCGUCUCGCCAGCAAUUACAAGAAAGAACUCAGAAGCAAGGCAUCAAUUUCUGCUAAGUAUAUUAAGGAAUUGAUGCUCAUCUCGUCUGAGGCCAUAGAAUCCGUACAUCAUCUGCAAAAGGAAGCGUAUCAUUGGCUAGACGACUUGCUGUGUGAAACGUCCUUGCGUCCGACUCAGCGCGCGUUGCUGAAGGAGAUUCAAGUUCUGAUCGAAGGCAUUGAUAUAGAUUGUGUCCUCACUUCUGAUUUUUCAAGCAACUACACGCCACACAGAACUUCUGGGGAUAACCUGCACGAUACGAGCAUCUUGGGCGAUGAAGUACCGAUUGUUCGACGUCAGUGCAUGAGAUCAACGUUAAAAAGCAACAAUGCAAAGAAGCAAAAGAAUAUGGCUGCCGCAGACAAGGACAGCCACGAUGAGCGUGAGUGCUCUGAAAACGGUGCGAGCACUAUCAACAGAUCAGCAGAGCCGAGCUUAACUGACAGAGGUAGGCUCACUACAGAUUACCUCUUUGGAAAGGAGCCAGAAUUUCUCUUCCAAGCAUUUGUAGGAUGCACAGGGGGUAAAUCAAAGUUCCAAAGAUGCACUAUGCUUCAGGGGGAUAUCUCUGAAAGCUGCGACUCAUGUGAAGAUCCCCAAAAGGUGGUAGAGGACUCUUCGCUGGACUUCGGCGUCCAUCCAGAGUUUGACAACGAUAGCUUUGAAAGUGAGGAUAACGAUCUAGGUGCCCUCGAAAAGGUUCUCCUAGAUCCGGAAACAAGUGGAUCGACCAAUGUAACCAACCCGAGUGUAAUUCAACAGCACGAAAACUAUCGAGGCCAGACUGUGACACGUUCAUCCUUGACUCCUGCUCCUGUGCAGAUCUACACCGAAAACGUCACCAUCCCCACCACAACCUUGAUCAGAGCAGAGUACGAACCCAACAGCAGCAUAGAUCAAGGAUCUGCUUCGGAUUCACAGUCAAUACAGGGCUCAGCAUUUACUACAUCCGUAAUACAGAAUCCGGAGCAGACUUAUUCCGGCUCAACUGAGCCUGUCGUGACAACGUUAGUGGAGAAUCCACCAGGAUUUCCAUUCAUAACCCCAGAAGAGAGGCAUACCACGGUUCCCCAUCUUCCUCCUCCUCUAGCAAUCCCUCCAGGUUUCAGAGGGAAGACUUCUGAGGUCCCCAUUUUUGAACAGGAUGUGUCUACUGACGAGUAUAGCACUAGUUCAGACCAGGAUGUUGUACCAUCCGGAAGGUCCCCGCCCCCUAUCAUUCAAAUAGAUCCCUUAAGUUCCCUGGCAAGGGAACUACCUACCCAGGCCUUGACCAUACCUCAAGUGCCACUGAACGUUUCAGCAAUAACUGUUCCCAAGUUCACUGCAUCAUCACACACAUGCAAUACGCCUGCAGUCUCGGAAGUCACAACCCCUGUCAACCCAACUGACCUCAACGCUACAAUGAUUCCGUUACCUUCUCCUCUUAGAAAAAAUGUCCUAGUCCCCGAUAGCAGCAAUGAGAAAGGUUGCCAAGAACCUAUUCCAGAACAGCCAAAGGAUAAGCGUCCUCAGCCAUUGAUUUUCAACUUCUUUAAACCCUCAAAGUCAAAGCAGGAAGGCGACGGCGUAGCUGUGGUAGAUCUAAAGGCUAAUUCCACGGGGCGAAUGGCAUACUCCAAGGUCUAUGAGUGCUGGGUCACACUAGACGAGAAUGGCGACGAGAUACCUCCACCAGUACAGAAGGAACCCACGCCACCCCCAGUAGCGGCUGCUUCAUAUCAGCAGCUUGGCAACGAAUCAAACAGAAGGGCACCUGCUAGCCGAAUGGCUAAUAGGACCGCAGCCUCGCGCUAUAAGCUCGUCCGGGACUAG